CUGCAAAUCCAAGCAUCGUCUUCUUUCUUCGUGUCUGUGAAUUGGAAUUUGCACCGAAGGAGUUCAAAAAUGGCGCAAAGGACGAAUAAUAUAAAUAUUUGGCACUUAUUCAUGCUGCUAAAUUUCAAUCUGCUGCUUCCCUUUUCAUCUGGUGAAUCAAAUGAUGUCUGCAUUUCGCAAGGUGGUCGUUUCCCACCCUUCUCAUUGGAAGGAAAACCUCCGAAAAAGGUUAGCAAAGCUCAAGAUUUGACGCUUUGUCGAGUCUUCCGAAAGAGGACUUGCUGUGGUGUAGCCCAAACACACGCGGCUUUACUUUCUGUUAGGAGGCUGGCUUCGACAGGGGAAGGCAACCAAGAAUGCUUGCAAUUAUGGGAACUUCUGGAGUGCUCAAUUUGUGAUCCACAAGUUGGCGUUCGACCCGGACCUCCUCUAAUAUGUGCCUCUUUCUGCAACAGAGUCUUCAAAGCUUGCUCUGAUGCUUACUUUUCUGUUGAUGCUAAAAUGCAGGUUCUAGCACCAUGUGGAGUGAAUGACUUUGUGUGUGGCAGGGCUUCCGAAUGGGUCUCGAAUGGCACGGAGCUUUGCAGCGCUGCAGGUUUUUCAGUUAAAAUUUCUGAUGAAGAAGCCUCUUGCUAUGGUAGUAAAGCCAGACUAGACUCCAUUGCUAAUUCGUGGAAGACUUCACCAUCUGUAGUGUCAUCACAAAGAACAGGUUACUUGGGUUUCUGGGAGGCUUUCCAGCAAUGGGUGAAAGAAAUGAGUUUUCAUGAACGGGUUUCGUGGCUGAUCGGGUCCGUGGUGUUUUCAGCAGGGCUUCUGUUUGCAAGCAAAAGGCAAAGUCAUAGCCAGCGCCAGAAAUAUGCCGCUAUUCAACGAGCAACGAAGAAAAUUGAAGCAAAUAUGAGUCCGAGUUCUCUUGGUACUCAAGGAAUCAGGAGAGGAAGUAGAAGAUGACUGACACCUACGCCAAUUUAUGAGG